AUGUUUAGAACUAUAAUAAAAAAUUCAGUUAGAUCUCAAGUAAGAAGAGGUUAUGCCACUUCUGCUUACAAGCCAACCAAAUCCUUAUAUGCUGGUAUUGGUCUUUCAUUAUUGACUGUUCCUUUGAUCUACGGAACCAUUUCAAACGAAGUGAAAGAAAAACCUAAAAAGAAAGCUGCUAAAAAAGAAUCUGCUUCCGAAGCAAAAGAAGAACCUAAAGAAGCCGUUUCCGAAUCCAAAGAAGAACAAAAAGAAUCACCAAAGGAAUCAGAAACCAGUGAAACCAGUGAAAACGAUAAAGAACCAAGUGCUGAAGAUUAUGAAGGUGCUGCUUAUAACCCAGUCACUGGAGAAAUUAAUUGGGACUGUCCAUGUUUAGGUGGUAUGGCUCAUGGUCCAUGUGGUGAAGAAUUCAAAGAAGCAUUUGCAUGUUUCGUUUAUUCAGAAACCGAACCAAAAGGUAUCGAUUGUAUCAAAAAAUUUGAAAAUAUGAGAACUUGUUUCAGAAGAUACCCUGAACAUUAUAAAGAACAAUUAGAAGAUGAAGAACAAAUGGAAGCUGAAUAUAACAAAGAAAAAGUUGAAAUCGCUGCUGAACCAGUUGAAUCAACUAAACCAGCCGAAACCGUUCCAUCUCCAGUUGAUGACGUUACUGUCGAAACCAAAGCUUAA